GCGCGAAAGCCGAACAAUAAUAUAAACAUCUACAAGAAAAGAAAUCAUUAUGUUACAAACAAUAAUAACAUUAUACGUUUUGUUAAAUGUGUUAAUACUGACGAAGACGGCCAUCGCGUUCUCAUCAGAGGAUCUUGAAACUUCGAAUAUCUCAAAUAUCAACAAUCAUUACAUGUUACCAAAGAAUGAAUUUGUCGAACAUUCUAAAUGGGUGAUGAGACGCAUGAGAAGUACAACCGAAAAUGUUCCAAGUGAACCAACAUUUCCCAGGAUAUUCGUAGAGUUUGACAAAAAUAUAAACGAAAGAAACAACAUUUCUGUAACAUUCAGAUGGAAGCAACCUGCAUUCACAGGGAAAGAAAUAAAAAAAUAUACAGUUGAGUAUGGGUUUAUCGAGAACGUGACGAAUGAAAUGAACACUACAAUCGUCAUUAUUCCAGCUACGAAAUUGCAACUGGAAGUGCAUGAUUUAAGACCUAACACAAUGUACUACUUCAAAGUACGAGCGCAUAAUGAAAUUGGUGUUAGCAAUUACACAGAGAUCAUCAACGUGUCGACCACGCACGAGAAUCCGGUACCUCGAUUAUUGAUCGGCUCGUGGAGUGGUAUAAAAAUAUUCGAUAUAGAUUUGCAGAAGGUCUCUCAUAUAUUUAAGGAACUCAGAGCGAUAGAAUUCACUUACUCGACAUUAGAACGUAAAAUUUAUUGGAUCAAUGACAAAUCACAGCUAAUGACAUCGGAUUUUUCAAUCGAAACAAAGCAAAAGCACACAAAAAUUAUUGACCUAGAUGAUUCUGCACAUAAUCUCUGCAUCGAUUGGAUAGCUAGAAAUCUUUAUUGGAUACAAAUUAAUCACUCUAACAACCAGUCCAGCAUUAUGAAGUUAGAUUUAACAUUGUUGCAAAUUGACAUGAUCAAAUACGAUAUUAUUUUAAACACAAAUGGAUCUAAAUUGUUAUCUGUACUACCGUCUAAAGGGUAUAUUUAUUGGAUGGGCUUAAAUUCAGAUAAUAAGUAUGUGUUAAUGCAUUCGAAUGUCAAUGAGAAAAACAUAAAACCUUUUUGCAAAGCAGAAAAUUAUAUGAUACAAAUUGUCUCUGCCAGUACGAACUAUUAGAACCAUCUUCU